GAGAGGAGGGAGCAUUCGCGAGGUGAGAUGCUUAGUGCUUCCCUCGGAAGGCCAGCAUGUCAAUGAGGGACGGCCAUCUGGAAAUCACUGCUUAAGACACAGAAACCAGCUGCAGCUCUUGCAGGGUACACUUGCUCAAUCACAGGGCAACAAAGGGACGGAUGCUUUUUCUGUCGCUCGGGCCAUUAUACUACACAUAUCAGCACUGACACAGUCUAUUGGAGAGCUGCUAUAUGCAAUUGCUAAAAAUUUACGCGGUUGACUGCAUCAGACUUCAAUUUAAGUAAUGGAGCUGGAGCACUUUGACGAGCGGGAGAAAGCCCAGAGAAACACCCGCAGAGGCUCCAGGAACAACGGGCUGCCGAGCCCCACUCACAGUGCCCACUGUAGUCUGUACAGGACCCGGACACUGCAGUCCCUGGCCUCGGAGAAGAAGGCCAAGAAGGUCCGCUUUUACCGCAACGGAGACCGCUACUUCAAAGGGAUUGUCUACGCUAUUUCCCAGGACAGGUUUCGGUCUAUAGACGCCCUGUUAGCCGAUCUGACCCGCUCCCUGUCAGAUAAUGUGAACUUGCCCCAGGGGGUCCGGACCAUCUACUCUAUUGACGGGACCAAAAAGAUAUUGGGCAUGGAGCAGCUGGAGGAAGGCGAGAGCUAUGUGUGUGGCUCCAUAGAGCCAUACAGGAAGCUGGACUACACUAAGAAUGUCAACCCCAACUGGUCAGUUGGGGUGAAGACAGCUGCCUCUGCACGUGGCCCCCCCUCCCUGGGCAGUGCCAAGGCUGGGGCCCCGGAGACCAGGGAGAGUAAGGACUUCAUCCGGCCCAAACUGGUCACCAUCAUCCGGAGCGGGGUGAAGCCUCGAAAGGCCGUCCGCAUCCUCCUCAACAAGAAGACGGCCCACUCCUUCGAACAGGUCCUCUCUGACAUCACAGACGCCAUCAAGAUGGACUCUGGGGUCGUCAAGAGACUGUACACCGUGGAUGGGAAGCUGGACUCUGUGGACGAUGACCAUUCGGUAUGCUGUGGUCCAGAGAACUUUCGCUACCAAAAUGACUUCCUCUUAGAUGAGAAGUGUAGGGUGGUGAAGUCGACGUCAUACGGUCGGAUCUCCUCUCUGCUGGGACGCUACUCACCCAGAGGAGGAGGCUCACGCCGAAGCUCAGGUUCAGCCAAUGGGACGGCAGGCAGUCAGCUGUCGACUCCUCGCUCAGGGAAGUCCCCCAGCCCCUCUCCUACCAGGUCCCAACACAGUGGCUCGUCCCUGUCUCUAGCCUCCACCAAGGUGUGUAGCUCCAUGGAUGAGGGAGACGGAGCAGGUAGUGAAGCGGAGCUGAACCUGCUGAGUGAUGAAUGUCCCUCCGUCCCUCCGUCCAUCGCUGAGAGGUACAAGGUGGGGAGGACUUUAGGUGACGGUACCUUUGCUGUGGUCAGAGAGUGUGUGGAGAGAUGUACCGGCAGAGAAUACGCCCUGAAGAUCAUCAACAAAGGCAAAUGUAGGGGAAAGGAGCACAUGAUCCAGAAUGAGGUGUCCAUCCUCCGUCGUGUCAAACACCCCAACAUCGUUCUGCUGAUCGAGGAAAUGGACACCUACAGUGAGCUUUACCUAGUCAUGGAGCUGGUCAAGGGGGGUGACCUGUUUGAUGCCAUCACUUCCUCUAGUAAAUACACAGAGAGAGAUGCUAGUGGGAUGCUUUAUAACCUGGCCAGUGCCAUCAAGUACCUGCACAGCCUCAACAUCGUGCACAGAGACAUCAAACCUGAGAACCUGCUGGAUGAUGGCCGAUUAGUGAACGACCAGCAGCUCUCUGUGGCUGGGAAGAUUAAGAAACACUUCAACACUGGUCCUAAAGCCUGCAGCACCACUGCUGGAGUGUCUGUUAUCACAACCACCCCUCUUGAUAAGGAGCGGCAGGAUUUCAGACUAAGACACCAGCAGGAUGUGAGGUUGAAGCCCCGCCCCCGCCCCCAACCAACCGGCUUCCCCACCAGUGCCAGCCAACGCUCUGCCCACAGCUCCAAUGACCCUGCCCUCUCUCCCGCUGACUUUACCUCAGAGUCAGAAGAUUACUCCCCCAGCCCCUCCCCCACCUCUCCUAGCUCCGCUGACACCGUCCGCUCCCCCACCUCCCCCUUCUAGACCCCGAAGGAAGAGAGCGAGGAGAGGAGGAUGGAGAGAGAACGAGGAAGGACAGGGGGCACAUAUCCCUGUACUAACACUGGCCCAUGUCCCUGUAUUCACGACGACAGUCUGUCAAGAUGCCUGCCAAUUACUUAAACAUUGAUUUGUCAUUCCGGCUACAGUGUCAGUUAACCCUAAGAUACACUGGGGUCAGAGCCAUGCAUAGAGAUCAGUUAGGGUGGGGUUAGGGUUAAAGGGUAGAGGUUAGGGUCAAGGUUAAAGGUGUAUUCUGGAUGGGUUCUGCUCUGGCCCUGAGAGGUUACUAAGGCUGAGAAUCUGUAUCUCCUUAUCUUUUUAAGACACCACACAGACAUACAAUAGUUAAGCCUUAUUUCAGGAAAAUACUGAAUAAUGGUCCACUGAGGUCCCCUGGUGUUGGGAGGUGAGUACUGCAGGCCAACCAACCUGCUAACAGGACAGCUUAAACUGGAACACAACUAACCUACAGAUCAAAAUCUUCCAUUCAACUUGACGGGACCUCAUACGCCCUAAAUAUAGCAUCUUAAGUAUUUAUGUGAUUAAACAUACAUUUUGAAAAUAAUAAUGAUAAUAAUAAUGACUUUGGGUCCUUGAAAAGCGCUAUAUAAACAAAAUACCAUGUAUUAUUCAUUUUGAAAAUGUAUGCAUCAAGUCAGGUAUCUAUUUGUGUGAAGUUAUAUUGCACCCAAUUCAUUACAACUUGUACAGUUAAUUCUGUAGAAAACCACGUUCAAGUGAAAAGAUGUCAUCUCAGCUUCAGAACGCUCAAUAAGACAUGCUGUAUGAUGCUGUAUGAUGCUGUAUGAUGCUGUAUGAUGCAUGUAACGUGAAGAUAUAAUCUAUGUGUGUCUAGAAGGACAUGUGGCUACGGUCAUGUCCACUCCAGUCCACUUUUAUUUAUCAAACUAUCUAGUGUUCAGCUAUUCUCCAGUUCUUGGUGCUGUUGUAGACAUAAUAUACUACACACUUUACAGAGGACCAGAGAGGGGCGCUAGAAGCUAUCCAGGCAUUCUGCUAUACCAUAUGGAUUGGUUGAUUGAUUGUGUUUUUGUCCAUGACUGUUAUGCCAGUGUGCCAGUUCAUGUACAGUCCUCAUUUAAUGGACUAUGAAAAAGGUUGUGUAUUUGGUAGAGUAUUAACAGCCAUUUUCAUGGCUUUUUAUUAUGGUACAAAAUUGGCCUUGUUUCAGUUAAUAUGUUAAUAUGUUGAUAGUGAAAGAAUUACCUAUUUAAAGUACAAUUAUUGGCCUGAACACAAUGGAUCAAGUGCAAUUAGGUUCUGGAUCUCUUACCAACAUUAGACAGCACAGACUUUUUCAAGCUAUUGUUAACUAUAAACAAUACAUACAUUGUGAAUGUAUGUCAGAACAGAGGUGUUAUGGCAGCGUCUUUCAGUGCCGCCUGAGUUUUCAGCUUGCUGUGUGUAAGCCAGGGGUUGGAACCGGUUCAGGGAACAGAACUAAAAACCGGAAAAUCAUGCAUUUCAAAACAAGAUGCCCAGCACUUCAAGCCUCCUCCUCCACCCUCUCACUCUCUUCCCAUCCGCAACACUUCAGUCACAUCUCACUCCCUACAAUUGUCUGCCCAAUGCAUGUAAACAACUAUAGCUUGCCCGCUCCAUAGCAAGCUGCUAUAUCCGCACUGAUUGGUAAAGUAAUUUAAUGUUGAGUUAUAUGUUUAAAAAAACUAUGAUUGCGGUUUAAAAAAGGAACAGAAAGGUAUGAUAUAAACUGCUACUAGUUUGGGGGUUCAAACUGGUUCAGAACUUUAUUUUGCUGGUCAGAACAAUGGAAUUGAACAAAAAAAAUUGUUUUGUUAAAAAAGAUGCGAUUGGAAAAUAAUUUUGGUUCCAACCCCUGGUGUAAGCACAGUGAGUUGGCAGGUCUAAAAAGAGAAGCACAGUGAGUUGGCAGGUCUAGAGAGAGAGAGAAGCACAGUGAGUCGGCAGGUCUAGAGAGAGAAGCACAGUGAGUUGGCAGGUCUAGAGACAGAGAGAAGCACAGUGAGUUGGCAGGUCUAGUAAGAGAAGCACAGUGAGUUGGCAGGUCUAGAGAGAGAGAGUAAGCAUAGUGAGUUGGCAGGUCUAGAA